AUGUCAGAUGUAAAGAAAAGAAAAACAACAACAGUUAAAAAGACUGAACAAAAACAACAACAACAAACAACUUCUGCAACAAAUAAAAAGAAAGAUAAAGACAAUGCUAAAUUGGUAGCUCAACAACAAGAGAAUGUCGAAGUUGUAGAGAAAAAGAAAAAGAUUGUUAACAAUAAACAAAAAGUAGAGGAUGACGAUGUUGCAACUACCUCUUCAUCAAGUAACGAUGUUACAACAACAUCAUCGACAGAGGGUAAAGAGAUAAAAUAUGGUGCAAAGAAAUAUACUCAAAAACAAUUAGAUCAAAUUCGUAAAGAAAAUAUGAAAGUAUUUCUUAAAUUUAUUAUUUUCACUAUUCUAAUGUUCUUGGUACCGUUUGGUUUAUAUUUCUGGUGGAUGGAGUCUGGUGCUGACUAUUUCGAAGUUAUUAGAAGAGAGAGAACUACAUAUGGUGGUAUUAUUGCAAUCUCUGGUAUGGCUGUUGUAAUGGCUUCAUAUACAAUCAUGGCAUAUUAUGAAAAAUAA